AUGGAUAGACAUCCUUACGAGCCACAGGAUAUCUACAAUGUCGACGAAACAGGCGUCACUACGGUCCAAAAACCUGAUAAAGUCAUUGCAAGACGUGGUACGCGGCAAGUGGGAGCCGUUACUUCUGCUGAACGGGGCACGUUAGUUACGGUAGCUUUUGCAGUGAACGCCUUGGGAAAUACCAUGCCUCCGUUUUUUAUUUUCCCUCGUGUUCGUUACCACGACCACUUUGUGAGGGACGGACCAGUUGGAUCUGUUGGAGCUGCAAACCCUUCCGGCUGGAUGCAAGAUCUAUCCUUCUUAGAAUUUCUUAAACAUUUUAAGAAAUUUUGUAAUGCUUCACUAACUCACAAAGUGUUACUCGUGCUUGAUAAUCAUUCAUCGCACAUUCACAUUAAUACCUUAGAUUAUUGUAAAGAAAACGGGAUCACUUUACUUUCAUUUCCCCCACAUUGCUCUCACAAGCUUCAGCCUCUCGACCGGUCUGUCUUCGGACCUUUAAAAAAAGCUAUUAACACUGCUUGCGAUGGAUGGAUGCGAAGCCACCCUGGUAAAACGAUGACAAUAUAUGAUAUACCAGGUAUCAUCAAAAUUGCUAUGCCUCUGGCUCUUACACAGGCGAACAUACAGGCUGGUUUUAUGAAAACUGGGAUCUAUCCAUACAACCGUAAUCUGUUCGGAGAUAUUGACUUUGCACCCUCUUUCGUAACCGACAGACCAAACCCUGAUACUGAAGACAAUAUUCCUGCAGUACCGUCACCUGGAAGAACUAGACCAAAUCCUGACACUGAAAAUAAUGCUUCUGCAAUACCAUCUCACACAACAAGCAGAACAGACACUGAAGAUAUUUCUCCUGCAGCACCAUCACCUGUAAUAAGCAGACCAAUCCCUGACAAUCAAGAGGAUGCUCCCAUAGCACCAUUUUUAGUAAAUAUUGCCAACCUUGACUGUAUUCAAGAAGAAAAUUUUGUUACUGAGAAUUUUGGACCUAAUAAUAAAAGUCCACCACUUUCACCUUCUAUAUUAGACAAUACACCAAGCCAAAAUUUUAGCAAUGUUCAACCAUCUACUUCUGCCAUACCAUCAGUUUUUUCUCCUGAAAUUGUUCGGCCCUUUCCAAAAGCUUCCCAAAGAAAAACGCGAGGACCUAGAACCAAGAAGUCUACGAUUUACACGGACACGCCUGAAAAAGAGGCAGUCAGGCAAGAAUAUGAAGCAAAAGAAAAACGACUGAAGGCAAAGGGCAUCAAAAAAAAUCUCAAUGAGCCGAAAGGAAAAGGAAAAGGUAAAGCAACGAAAAGGAAACAAUCACCGUCAAUAUCAGAUGAAGAAGAAUAUUUUUGUUUGGUGUGCCUUGAAAUUAAAAUGUUCAAAGAUUUUAUUUCUUUUGUUAGGAAAGUAUAAUUUAGUUGAUUAUUAUAUAAAAAUAAAUAAAUAUUUUUUGCAAUUAAAGUGUUUUAUUGGCAUUUUAGAGUAUUUUUAUCUUAUUUUGUGAUCAUAUUACAGUAUUUUCAUCGUGUCACUAUUGACCCCCAGUACUGUCACAACCGCGGGGGUGGGUAGUACCUUUUUUUUUAAAUUUCAUUUUAUGUACUAACCAUUUGAUUUAGGCCCAUAGCACACGGCGUUUUUUAAAUGCGCUGAUAACGCGCGUUUCAGGAACGCGCUUCUUCGGCGCUGUAAACGCUAAUUGUUGCGUUUGCAUUGAUAAUAGAAACGCGCGCAUGAAGCGCGUAUACGCGCAUUUGAAGCGGUACAAACGCGCGUACAAAGGAGCGGAGUAGGGCAGAGGGGGUGGGGGUCCACCACUGCGCCCGCGCCUCAGUUGCAAUAAUGGUUUAUUGUGUGCUGCGCGUGUAUCUCGUUUAAAAUGGAACCCUUCGACACCGACCGCUUUAUAACAGAAAUAAACAAUCGUCCAGCUACAUGGAAUUCACUACUGCCCGAAUAUUCAAACAAAGUGUUAAAAAGAAAUGCUUGGGAUGAAUUGUGCCAAAUUUUUUAUAACAAUUUUAAUGAAAAAACCAGUAAGGAAAAAAACCUGGCAGGUAAGAUUUCUUAUAUUUAUUUAAAAAUAAUUUAUUAUAGUUUAUAGUGCGACGGUACAUAGAACAGUAAAACAGUAGAACAUGUAAUUAGGUAGGUACCAGUGGCGUAGCCUCCAUACAACACGAUUCCCAUCGGCUUCCCUUGGCAGAUUCUAAUAGGUAUAUGUAUUUUUUUUAUAUUUACAACAAUAGCUUCACUGAGCCCUAGUCUUACAAAAAUCUAUUCGACUAAUCUACGUAAUUAUCGCAAACAAUAUAAUUACAUUACACCAGGGUGACCAUUUGUGGCAGGUUCCUGCCAUUUUGUACAGAUUAAUUAAGGACAAAAAAACCCUGGCAGUUGGCAGAAUUUAUUUAAUUAAUUUACUGAGAGUCUCAGUAAAUUAAUUAUAUAAAUUAUUAAUCUAUGCCAGGCUUUUUUUGUCCUUAAUUAAUCUGUCAAAAUGGCAGGAACCUGCCACAAACGGUCACCUUGCAUUACACGCUUUCACAAAAUAUUCUUCAAUAAGCUGAAUACAAAAUACGCAAUGUAUUUGAAUCGCGCAAACGCACACGUAUAUUAUUUUACGCGUGCCGAUUUUACUCGCUCAUAUUUAUGGGAAUUCAAAUGUUUGAAAUGUAUGCGAUUCACGCAUACAUACACAUUACUACCACAUGCAAACACUGUCGAUAAUAUGAGCCGGGUAAAGCCGAUCUGUGAUAGCUUACAAUCUUUAUUAUAAGAAUAUUAUUUCGUUUCAUUUGUCCGUUGCAAUAUAAUGUUGUAAGUUAAAUUUGACCCACUUGUCGGUUUCCAAUUAAGCUGAAAUUUUGCAUAAAUGUGUAAAUCGCAUGACAGUGGAAUAUUAUGAUGAUGUAUGACGUAGAACUGAUCUGAUGAUAGAGGUGGAAGGUGGCCAUAGGAACUCAGUAAUAAAGCGAUGUACUUCCAUCGAGUUUGGACUCGUUUCAUUUGUCUUGAUGAGUAUUUUGUAUUCAGACAGUUUCCAAGGUCUCAUGAUGGAGCUGGAGGGUGGCCAUGGGAUCUCUGUAAUAAAGCAACGUAAUUCCGUCGAGUUUGGGCUCGUUUCAUUUGUCUUGAUGAGUACUUUGUCUUCAGACAGUUUCCAGGGUCUGACGAUGGAGCUGGAAGUCGGCUAUAGGAUCUUCGUAAUAAAACAAAGUAAUUCCAUCAAGUUUGGGCUCGUUUGAUUCGUCUUGAUGAGAACUUUUAUUCAUUGAACUUCAAAGAAAAUGGAAGAGCAUUAAGGACGCUUAUAAAAGAGACAAGGCGAAGAACAAUAACUGUUCCAGUGGAUCUGGAGCUAAACCUAGAAGACCCUACAUAUAUUCCAAUUUGCUAACUUUUUUAGACCCGCUUUACGAAAUAAGAUCUCCAAGUCAAAAUGAUGAUGCAGCACUGGGGAAUAACCAAGACUGUGAUUUUCAAAAACCACAUUCACCAAAGAAGUCUAAAAAGACUCCAAAACAUGAAGACCCACAAGACAAAUUGUAUGAAGCACUGACAGCAAAUCUCAAACAGUCUAAGGAAGCGAAUAAUACAAUUUUAUCUGAAAAUCCCGACAUACUGUUCUUAAUUUCGUUAGCUAAAGAUUUUUCUGCUAUCAAAGAGGAAUUUAAGUUAGAGGCCAAAGCUGAUAUGAUAAAUUUAAUUCGUAAAUAUAAAAAUAUGGGACACUCAUCGAGAAUAUUGAAUGAAAAUAGAUACCAAGGUGCAUUUCAAUAUGAACAUCAGUAUGGAUACCAGUCUGGAUAUCAGUCUGAAUCUGGAUAUCAGUCUGAAUUUCAACCACAAUAUCCAAGUAAUCAAUCAGCGCCAAGAAACGAAUCUGUCAGUUCACUUCAAAAUUUAGAUAGCAAUGAAUCGGUUACAAAUGACUCCGAUAUCAUAUCUGACAUGUAUGAUGAUAUUGAAUAAAUCUUUUUCUCUUAUUCAUAAUCUAAGUGCACUUAUAACAUUUUACGAUUGAUUUAAAAAUGUAACAGAACAAUAAAUAAAUAAAUAAAUA